AUGAGUGACGAUGAGUUAGAAAUGGAUAUCGACAGUGAAGAUGAGAGUGUCGACGGUGGACCAUCCGAUGGUCGAAAUGGUAACCUAGUGUUCCAUUCACAAGCCGAACGAAGAGCUCAUCACAACGCCUUGGAACGAAAACGACGAGACCAUAUCAAAGACAGUUUUAGUGGUCUCCGUGACGUUGUACCUUCGCUAAAGGGCGAAAAGUCAUCACGAGCCCAAAUCCUAAAGAAGGCCUCUGAAUUCAUCGCCUUCAUGCGCGCGAGCAACGCGACCCAUCAAAGCGAUAUCGAAGAUCUGAAGCGGCAAAAUGCGGAAUUGGAGCUUCAAAUCACCGCCAUGGAGAAAAUGAAAGCGGAACGGAAUCGUAUGGAAGCGAGAGAAGCGUUGAGAGGGAAACAUUCGGGUUCAACUGCGUGA